UGAAAACUCAGUCGAGCCACAAUCGAAAUCACCAUCGACGCUCAGCGGUUGUGCGUCCACGAAUCGGAGUCUCAGAGGCUGAGAGCGCUCUCCUUCUCUCUAUCGGUCCGCACAUUUUUUUUACUUCGUCGUGCUAUAGAAGUCACAGUAGCACCACCCGUCUGUAUAGCUAUUUGGCUCAGGGAGGAGGCAGCGGCUGUGUGGUGUUGGUUGUGGUGGUGUUUCAAGUCAGUGGAGCUAGGUCUUAAUAAGAAUUAAUUUAACAUGAGUUCAGACAGCAGGAGCCGAAGCAGGAGCAGGAGCAGGAGCCCUACGGAUCGUAAGAUCCGUUCUGAUCGCUUUUCCUACCGCGAUGCACCUUACAGGAGAGAUGGAGGACGUCGGGGUUUCAGCCGAGACAAUCUGUGCAAGAACUGCAAACGUCCAGGCCAUUAUGCUAGAGAAUGCCCUAAUGUUGCAAUUUGUCACAAUUGCGGUCUUCCUGGGCACAUUGCUUCAGAGUGUACUACAAAGUCGCUAUGUUGGAAUUGCCGGGAACCUGGUCACAUGGCCAGUAACUGCCCAAAUGAAGGCAUCUGCCACACCUGUGGUAAGGCUGGACAUCGCGCUAGAGAUUGCACAGCUCCCCCAAUGCCACCUGGGGACUUGAGGUUGUGCAACAACUGCUACAAGCAGGGUCAUAUUGCAGCUGACUGCACAAAUGAUAAAGCAUGUAACAACUGUAGAAAGACAGGUCACCUAGCACGUGAUUGCCCAAAUGAACCCAUCUGUAACUUAUGCAAUGUAUCUGGGCAUGUGGCAAGACAGUGCCCCCGAGCCAAUGUCUUGGGAGAGCAGCGUGGAGGUGGAGGUGGAGGAGGUGGAAUGCGCGGCGGCGGUUACCGUGACAUUGUAUGUAGGAACUGCCAACAACUUGGGCAUAUGAGCAGGGAUUGUAUGGGCCCCUUGAUGAUCUGUCACAACUGUGGGGGACGAGGACACCUGGCAUACGAGUGCCCUUCUGGCAGAUUUAUGGAUCGCUACCCCAGGAGGUACUGAUAAGUGGCAGAUGAUGUUACGGAAUUUACCUUUUAUCUCAAGCAAGCAGUUCUGAUUUAGGCUUUAGAUUGAAGGUUGAAACUGCAGACUAUUGAGGAGUUGAAUUGAGACUUUAUUUUGGUAGGAUGUGUUUCUGUUAAUGUGGAGUACCUAUUUUGCGUUAGAACAUAAUUGAUGAUGACUUAGUAUGAUUAUGUAUUGAAUUUUUGGCAAUUACUGAAAAAUAAAACAGUAUGUGAUUGGGUUGCCUGAGGA